AUGGCGGAGAAUGAUAUCUGCCGUCUAUGCCUGGAAGACGACAAAACUGUGGACCACUUAUUAUGUCAAUGCGAUGCGGUGACUCGCCGCGAUUUCGGAAGGGGCUUUGUGACCAAAACAGAGAUCUCGCAGCUUGAGGUGGCUGCUAUACUACAAUUUCUCAUUUUAACUGGGUUAUGUAUAAUUACGUUAGCAAGAAGAAGAAAUCGCUACAGUUUUUUGAUAAAAUUAGCUGGAGUUUGUGGUCUUGCAUCAUCACUUGUAUGUGCAUUGGUUACGGUUACAACUACAGUAUUACAUAUGAGUCGGCUUCAAGCAUUAAGUGAAUGCGAAUAUUCAACAAAGGCAAAAACCUGCACAUGUUAUUCAGCACCACCAGAGCGUCCACAUGAAUCGGAUAGAGAAUCAGUUACAUUUGUAUUCGAUUCAACAUCUGAUUGUGGUUUAGUACAUGGUGCACUUUAUUCAUGUCUAAGAGCUAUUUUUGGUCUUUCAGUUGCUGGUGUACUUGUGGCGGUUUUCAGUUGUAUGCUGGUCUAUCAACUUUUAACUCACGAACGAAAGAAAAUGUAUUGGGAACAAUUGGAAUUACGAUGUCGUUCAUUAUAUGAAAGUCAACAUUUACCAACAACAAUACCAACAUUAAAUGGCCCAUCAAUAAUUGGUGGGCCACCAAUAACAACAAUUGGCACUUGUCGUUGUUGUGAACAAUGUCAUGCACAUCGACAAUCAUCUAACAUAACUGGUACAAACACAACAUCAGCUGUAUGGGAUAAUGCAAAUAGAUUUUGGGCAGCUGCAACAUUUACAAGUACAAAUGGUCAAUUAUUACCAACAGCCACGGGAAAUUUUUAUUCACCAAAUCCUGGUAGUGAUGAAUUAAAUAUUAAUGGGGGCGGUGGUGGUGGCUCUGGGGGAAAUUGUAAUAUGAAUAGUGGUAUUUGUAGUGGAAAUUUCGGUAAUAACAGUAAUUUAAAUAAUAAUACGGGUAAUCGUAAUAAUACUUCAUCAUCAAUAACUGAUAAUAAUUCUAACGGCAAUCAAACAAAUCGUUCAAAUGGUUGGAGUUGGCCAAAAAUGCCAUGGAAAAAAAAUCAUUCGAAUAAUAAUGGCACUAAUAGCAAUAACAAUCAAUUAAAUCAAACAAAUUCUGAUCAUAAUUCAAGAUCAUUACAUCAAUCACCAUCAAGUCCAGAUUCACAAUACGGCUUUACGCAAAAUCCGAACACAGGCGGCAUAAUAUCUUCUGUUGAUGGUACAAAUGUUUUAAUGGGAACGAAUGGUUUACCAAAUCAACCAAAUAGUUAUAGUAUCAUCGGUGGUUUGCCAUAUGGUGUUUGGGGACCACCGCCACCAUAUAGUGAUCCGAACAGUCCAGCUCGUAGACCACUCAAUAGUACAAUAAAUAAUAUUAAUAACCCAUCAGCAGCAGCUUUACUUAAUAGUAGUGGCCGUUAUCAAUAUAUUCAUCAAAAUCAAUGCCCAUCAAUGCUAGAACAUCAAAUAAAUCAUCAACAGACAACACAACAGCAACAACAGUCAAUUGUUAAUUUAGAAUGUCAUCAACAAAGUAAUAACAACGGUUCACCACUAGAUACCAAUUCAAUUGUGGAACAUUUUAAUGGAUCACCACAACAACAAAAUCGUAGUAUAAUUAAACGUCAAACUGGUUUGAAAUCAAAAGACAAUUAUGAGAAUACUCAAUCGGAUAGUGAUGGUUCUAGAGAAAGAUUUACAAAUUCUUUACCAGCUAGAAAAAUGAAAAAACGUAUAGAAUCAUCGACAAAAAAUAAUAUUAAUUCAAGUAGUAAUAAUAAAUCUCAAUCUAGAAAUACACAAAAUUGUUUUCAGCCAAUUAGUCCUUCAGAUAUCGAAGAACCAGAAUAUCAUGAACCCUUACAUCCUGAUGACGACGAAAUUAAUAGUUCACCCACAAAUACCUUAACAUCAUCUUCAGGUGGUGGUAGCGGUAAUGGCGGUGUUACUCAUGGAAAUUGUACAAUUGCUAAUAAUGUUAAUAUUAAUUCUACAAAUAAUCAAAUAAAUUCCAUUCAACAACAACAGCAACAAAAAAGUACCAAAAGAUUAAAAUCUGGCAUUGACAAUACAGCAUUUCAAAAUAAUGACAAUAUAGACAAAAACAUCGUUCAUCAUAUUGAACCGUCAACAGAAUCCGAAGUUUAUUUUGCUGACGUAAGUAGUUGCUAUAAUGUUUCGGUAAAAAAUGAUAGUAGUUAUUAUGACGAUGCAAACCAAAAAUUAUGCAAAGAUUCAAAUCUACAUGAUCCAGCAAAUGAAGAUGUUGAAGAAGAUUACUUAGCGCAGAGAUUUGGACAACGUGAAAAUUCAACACGUAGUAGGCUUCCAUUUCCACAAAAUUCAACAAUUAUUCAUUCAAAUAUUACAAAAACCACAGAUAAUAAUUUUGAAUGUAAAAACCAAUUAAAUCUACCAAUAUUAAAUUCAAGACAAAAUACACAAAUUUUACCAAAAGAUAUUUCUAGACAAAGUAUGUGUUCAAUUGAUUCAGAUGAAAAUAAAACUGAUUUUACUGAUUUAUCACCAGCAACACCAUGUACAAAUAAUAUUAACAAUAAUAAUUUUAUAUCACAACAAGAUCAUAUAAAUAAUUUUAAUAUCACAAAUAAUAAUUCCGAAUUAAACAAUACAAAUGAUGCAUUUAUAGCAUCUUAUCCGUUCUCAUCUAAUGAACAGUGUCAGGAAGCACAUCGACGUUCAACUAAAAAUUUACAUGAUAUGUUUUUAGCUCCUGAUGCGCAAUACGAAAUAGUUAAAGACUCAAAUCAUUUUGAUUCAAAUACCCAAUUAACUUUAGCUUUUGAAAAUGAUAUAAAUAGUAGUAAUAUAAAUAAACUUAAUAAUAAUCAAAACAAUAAUGUUAAUAAUAAUAAUAACAACAAUAAUAUAAAUAGCAUUAAUAGUAAUGUUAAUAAUAAUAAUAAUAACAAUAAUAACAAUAACAAUAAAAUAACUAGUCAUCAAAUGAAAUCUCCAAAAAAUUUAAAUUUAACUCCUAUAAAAAGAUCUAAUAUUGGUGCCAAUAUCACUAGUAUUAUACAAAAUUUAGGUACCAGUGAAUCUGGUCUAUUAUAUCCAGAAAAUCGUGUUAGUAAUAGUAGUUGUAGUUCAUCAAUUCAUGAUAAUUUUUCAGAUCAAGAAAAUCAUAAUGUUAAAAUGAUUAAAUUACAAGGACAUAAUAUAAUAGGAAAUAAACAACAACAGCAGCAACAACAGCAACAACACAACAGGCAACCCGUACCAUUGUCAAAUUCCGAUAAUGAAUGGUCAGAUAGUGAUCGUAGAUUGUGAGAAGAAAUUUUUGUUUAAUUUACCAUUUUAUUUUAAUAAAUUUUAGGUUAUAAUUUUUUAUUUUAGAAAAUUUAAUUUAUAAUUUUUUAUUCACAUUUCUCUUAUAUGUAUACAAAAUGGGACUUUAUAACGAAAAUUAUGAAGUUGUCAGUGUUAAAUUUUUAUGAAUGUAUUUUAUUUGCUAUCAAAUAUUUUCUUGCGUUUACCACAAUUUCGCCCUAUUUUUCGCGCCCAUAAAAUAUUUACUCAUAAUCCAUAACAAUCGUCUUACAGUUGCUAAGUUGCUUGCAUCUUUUUGCAAAUUUUUAGAACAGUUUAUAUCUCUUGCCAUAUUAUCAAAAAUUCGUUCCUCACAAUUUCUUUUUUCAAUUAAACGUUAUAAAAAUUCACUUCUUUUCAAAAUUAAUACCAUAUAGACACUAUCAUUUCCUACACAAAUUUUGAAAUUCACGACACUCAUUUUUUAGGCGCAUCAUCUUUUCAAUUUAACUUAAUCCAAUUAAAAUAGUAUUGAAAAAAAUUUGCAACUAUAAAUAUAUUUACAAAAAACCUCAAUUGUUUUUUUAUAAAAAUUCAAAAAGUUUUUUAAUAGGUAUAAAGCUAUUAAAUAAAAGUUUUAAAAGAGAAAUUUAGGAACAAAUAAUAAAUACAAUAUGCAUUUCAAUAAUUAAUUCAUUUAAAUUUAAUAAAAAAUUAAUAAAUAAAAAUUGUUAUAAUUGUACAAAAAUAGUAGAAUAAAAUAUAGAAAAAAUAAUUGUUUUAGUCCAGUAAUACCGGAAAUAGAAGAAGCCCACAAAUUUGAGAAAGUGGCUGAAAAUUAUUAGGAUAAUAGAUAUUGAAAAUUUUUACAAUUGUCAUCUUACAAACAAUAUUGCACGUGCUAGUUGCAACUGCGGCCUAAAUUAAAAAUAAAUUUUUUAAACCAACUAUGUACUAAUUUGUUUUUUUAAAAAACUUUAGAACCUAAAUCAAAUUAAAAUAGCAUUAUUUAUUACAAUCAUUGGCAUUCCUUUGAAGAAUAUUCUGAAAUUUAAAACAAUACCAUCAGAAUUAUAUUUUUAAUAAGCAAAAUAAUUAAAUUCGAAUUAAAUUUAAUCUAACUGGUACAAAAAUGAUGAAUCAUUAAUUAAAUUCUUUUAAAAUUUAAUAAGUAUUUAAUAUUACAAAAUCACUAAUGAUAUUUUUGCAUCAUUAUAGCGAAAACGGUCAAUAAAGUUAUUCAAUAUUACUGCCAACAUAUUUAUUUUUUAUUUAGCGAUAUUAACCUCGUUGUACUUAGAACUUUAUUACAAACUAAUGGAAACAAAACUAAAAAUUAAAUGUGUUAAAUUUCCGGAAUCACUAUUAUUUAAAUGACGUUAGUUUUUAUAUCAUUUACAAUGUAAUGAUUUUUAAUUUUAUUAUUUUGUAAGAUGGCAAUGUCAAUUUUCGAUAUUCUUAUGCGAAUUACUAUUAAAAGAAAUAAUAUAAAGUAGAUAAAUAUAAGAUAACAAAUUGAAUUUACUGAAUUCGCUAUUCAUAUCAUAAUAAGAUCAAUACAGAAAUAGACAAUA